UACUGUCUUGUUGCGAUUUCUCCACUGUAUCGCGUUCAACACUUGUCCAGCAUGCGCCACUUACCUUAUCUUCUCGCCAUCCGAGGUAAUCGAGGUUGGCGCUGAGAGGCUUCUGCCCCUCUCCCUGCUCUUCCCUGCUUGCACGCUUGAGAAGGUCUCUCCGAGCACUACGCGGGAGAACAGCUCUGUCGUUGCGGGGAACGCAGGCCAUAGAUGCGCGUUUUUACCUCUUAAAGCGUCGGAGCCUGUGCUCCUGCCGUGUCUCACGCGUCAUUACGAGCUGCUGCCGCAACGGUUAUUCCCAGCAGGUGCAUUCGCCCUUGCAGCAGCAGCAGCAGCAGCAGCAGCACCGAUGGCCGUAGCGGCAGCAACGCAGGCUGACCUGCUCUCGCGCACCCGCGGGAGGCUGGCCACGUGGGACGCCCAUCGGGUCGGGCUCGCCACGUCAGCAUCCGGAAGGUUCUUGCCGCCGCACCAGGCUCGGCUCGCUUCGUCGCGGCACGGUCGAUCGCCGUUGCGGAUCUGGCGCGUGUCAUGCGAUGAGUCUGCUUUUGACUCGACUCAAAAGCAGUCGUUUUUUAGAAUUCUCCGAAGUACGAGGGCGGAAGGCCUUCGUGACGCUGAACUUGACGCUCAAUCGCCGCGCGCUCUCCGCAGAUCCUGCUUCGCGGCGCGCAGCCCGACGGGAGGGCUACCCGCGGCUGCAGGCGCUCGUGCCGCAUAUUCCGGCGCAGGUGACGGCGGGAGAUCCAGUGAGGCCUUGAGGCCUUAUGCCGUAGCGGGGGGAGACAAUAACGAGGAUGCGCGGAGAAACACAGCGAAGCGGCGGGUGCAGGGGCCGUGGAGGCAGCAUUCGUCCUUCUGGCUGCGAUCCGUUGAUAACUCGAAUAAUCCAUCUUUUCACUCUCUGUCGCUCCACUCGCCCUCGCCAUCCUCCUCCUUCCCCUCCUCCUCCUCCUCCUCCUACUCCUCUCCACCGGACCAUUCCUCUCGGCGCGCAACGUUCCGUGCCUCCGCCUUUCCCCCCUCUUCAUCCCCCGGACGGCUCUCCGCGUCCGCUUCCCCCGCCCGCUCCGCCUCGUCGUCCUCCGCCUCCGCUUCCUCCGCAGUCCCGGCGGGCUCCGCAGGCUCUGUCUCGUUAGAAGCUGACACGUUACUGGGGACGGGGUCGGCGCAAGAGGUGGCUCUGGCGGAUAGGGCGAUCGCGCGAGCCGACGCAGCAGCGGCAGCAGCAGCGGCAGGGGCUGCAGGUUCUGGCGCUUUGACUGUAACGGGGGGUAGACGAGGCGGGGGACGCAGAGAUCUGAACGAUCCUACCUCAUUCGCCGCCGCAGCCGCAGCCUCUGCCGCCAGUGAUUCGCAGCAGCUAGCUCGUACCCUUCACACGCCAUCCGCGCCAUCUUCAAGAGUUCGCAAAUCCCCUGGCUCCCCCCUCUCACCCCCCACCUCAUCGCGCGCCCUCCCCCUCCACCGCCGCCCCUUCCUCUUCCCCCUCCGCCUCCUCCGCCUGCGCUUCCGCCUCGCCCGCCGCGCCCUCCGCGCGCUUACCUUGCGCCAGGCGCUGCGCGCGCUGCUGCUGGUCUCCUAUUGGCUGCGCUGGCCACUGAUCGCGCUGGCGCUGGUGCUGGGUGCCACGUGGCAGAUGAGGCAUCCAGGGGUGAGGGCGGCUAGGCCCGUGGCUUACUCUGACAUGGUGGCAGCGGUGAAGGCCGGGCGAGUUAAGAACGCGGCGCUAGAGGAGAGCUCGAAUCGCAUCUGGUUCAACGUGUACAGUAAGGGCGCUGCUGGUGCUGACGUGGGUUCUGCUGCUGCUGCCGCCGCUGCUGCUGGUGUUGCUGCUGCUCCAAGUGCUGCUGCUGUCGGUGAUGCGUCAGUGUCUUGUGCUAUCACCACGUCUGCUGAGGUAUCGGACCAGCAAGCUGACACGUUAGAAGCAGAAACAGCAGCAGAAACACCACUGGCAGUGACGGCUGCACCAGCAGCAGCAGAAGCAGAAGCGGAUGUGAGCAGUGGCGCUGCUAUUACAAACACAGACACUCUUGCAGCAGCCACCACUCCCCAAACCGCUGCUCUUGCCUCCUCCUCUUCCUCCCCCGUCUCAGUCUCCCCCAUCCCUCCCCUCCCCGCCCAUUCCUCCUGGCGCUCCUUCCUCAUCUCGCUCGGCCCGCCCUGGUCGUCCCUCGUGCGCCUCCCCGCCGACCCGCCCUUCGCGUACGUGUCUCGCCGCGUGCACAACGACGAGUCCUUCCUCCUCCCGCUCCUCAUCAACCACAGCGUGCGCGUCGCCUCCGUCCCCGUCCCCGCGUCUCAAACCCUCCGCACUGUCUUCCUCACGGCGCUCACGGUCUGGAUCCCCGUGGCGCCCUUGAUCUACCUUAUGAUGAAGCAACUUCAAGGGGGGAAGGACGGCGGGUGGCGCCGCGGGCAGGGGAAGGGCGGGGGGAAGGGGAAGAGGGGAGCGGGCACUGGAGGGAGGGGGUCGGCGCGGCAAGUAGCGUUUGAGGAUGUGGCAGGGGUGGAUGAGGCGAAGCGAGAGCUUAUGGAGCUCGUCCAAGGGAUGAAAGGAGCGGGCGCUUUUGCCGCCAUGGGCGCUCACAUCCCCAAGGGAGUCCUCCUCAUUGGGCCCCCUGGCACGGGGAAAACCCUCCUGGCGCGCGUGGUGGCCGCCGAAGCCGACGUGCCGUUCUUUGCCGCGUCCGCGAGUGAAUUCGUGGAGAUGUUUGUGGGGCGGGGAGCAGCCCGCGUGCGCGAGCUCUUCCGGGAAGCGCGGAAAGCCGCGCCGGCGAUCGUGUUUAUAGAUGAGAUUGACGCGGUGGGGGCGAGGAGAGGCGCGAGCAGCAACGACGAGCGCGACCAGACGCUGAAUCAGCUACUGACGGAGCUGGAUGGGUUCGACACGCCGGACGACGGCGUGCUUCUGCUGGCUGCUACCAACCGGCUGGAUACCCUCGACCCGGCGUUGACUCGGUCCGGGCGGAUAUCGAGGCGGGUGAUGGUGCCGCUGCCGGAUGUGGAGGGGAGGAGGGAUAUUCUGAGAGUGCACAUGCGACGCAUGCAGGAGAGGAUGAAGGGGAGGAGGAGAGGGGGGGUGGAGGAGGAAGGCGGAAGGGCGGAUGGGGAGAGCAGGGGGGAGGUGAUGAGGGGAGGGGGAGGGGGAGGGGGAGGAAGAUUACUAGGUGUGUGGGACGUGCUGGGGGGGGCAGAGGAGGAGGAUGAGGGGAUGAGGACAGUGGUGGCGCGAUACACGGAGGGCUUCUCAGGCGCUGACCUGGAGAAUGUGGUCAAUGAGGCGGCGUGGCUCGCUGCCAGGAAUGGCGAAGCACGGGUCAGCCUGGACCAUCUCCUAGACGCAGUGGAGCGCACGCGCAACGGAAUCGGCACCAGCACCGGUGCCCUUGGCAUGAAGCCGCGCAGCCGUGGUGGCGUCCCAAACAGCAACAACAGCAGCAGCAGCAGCAACCCCCUGCUUGGCCUCCUCUCCCGCGCCCUUGCUCCGGUACUGCGGGAGGAGCGGAAAGAUCCGCCUGCCCGUGCUGUCUCGCCUGGCAUUUGAGUAUUUGAGUCGAAGCAAUGGAUUCAAGUGGCACGAGAGCUGCCUUGAGUUGAGAUGCAUUGAAGUUUGAGGCGCUGCACAGAGGAUCAGCCUGCCGUAUCUGAAUCAAUCAAGGCGUCCAAGUGGGUGUUCUGGCCUCUGCUGCCGUUGCUCACCUUCCUGAGCAAGUUUUUUUCACUAGUACCGGUACCGUAAAAGUCUCGCGGUGAAAGAAUCUGUGGAUGCCUGGUAAUAAGCUUGCAGCGUUCUGAUUGGCCGAGUUCUAUAACUCUCUGCAUAUGAGGCCAGCUGUCAGCUAGUAACGAGUACCAACUACUUAACAGUACC